ACAGUGAAGAGUACUAAAGGCGGGAAUGAAGCCAAUAACCCAUCAUAUUCCUGCUUACAGACAGACAGGUGAAUCAAGUCAGAGAUGAUUGUCUUGCUGGUCAUUUUUGCUGCUCUUCUGUGUCCCACCGUCCACAGUGCUGGUGACGCUUCAGUGGAUUGGUGCUAUCACAAGGCAGCAUGCAAUUUUACCACCUGGCCCAAGAUUGCUCCACAAUUUUGCAAUGGAUCCAAGCAAUCUCCCAUUAAUAUUGUGACUGCAAGUGUUCAGGGCAAUCCUAACCUGACUUCCUUUAACUUGACUGGUUUUGAUGACAACUCAACCUUCCUUUCAAUCGUAAACUCUGGCGACUCCGUGGUGGUUAACCUGGAUGAUGAGAAAAUGACAGUGCAAGGAGGCGAUCUUCCAGGUCUUUACAACACUAAACAAUUCCAUCUCCACUGGGGUAACGGCAGCUCCUCACCUGGCUCCGAACACACCGUGGAUGGCAAACAAUACCCAAUGGAGCUGCACAUUGUAAAUGUCCAUUCAAAAUACAACGGGAGUGUGUCAGCUGCUCUAGCUGCCAAAGACAGCACAGCAUUGGCAGUUCUUGGUUUCUUCAUUGAGGGAACCAAUGAAGCGAACAAAACAAAAAGCUGGGAUAUCCUAACAUCCUAUUUGACAAGCAUCCGCAAUUCAGGUAAUACAACCACAGACAUCAUGAAUGAAAUCACACUGAACAGUCUGAUUGAAGGUGUGGACAGGACUAAAUAUUACCGUUAUCAAGGCUCCCUAACUACACCCAGCUGUAAUGAAGCUGUGAUUUGGACAGUGUUUAAAGAGCCCAUCAAAGUCAGUCAUAACUUUAUCAACCGCUUCAGCACUACUGUCUUUUUCAAAGAUGCAAGCGCUUCAGUUCUGAACACCAACAACUUCAGAGGAGUUCAGCCGUUGAAUGGCAGAGUUGUGACGUCACAGGUGGUACAAACAGCAGCAACUCCAGCAGCUUCAUCAGCGGCCACAUCCACUUUAUCUGUUAUCACAGUACUUCUCUUGUCCAGUUUGUGUUGGCUGUAGAAAUAUGCUUUGUGCACACCUAUGAGCUGAUUUAAUUUAUUGCACUUGUAAAUGAUGUACGCUUUGAUUUGCGUUUGAUCAUGACUGAUGGUUUCUGUAAAUAUUGAUUUUAUCACUUUAUGGAAAAAUAAGAAGUUUAUGACACAUAGCGGUUCCUUUUUCUACCAAUUGUAUUUCUAUU